AUGAAAAAUCGGAAACGUAAAACUACGAAGGAAAUCUAUGAAUAUACACCUCUUACUGUGGCCGGUUCUUGGAAUGAAGCUGAGUUAGUGAGUGAGAUUGUCAACCACAUACGGGAAAAAUUGAGAUCUACAUCUUCAACUUGUUAUUUAAAGGAAGGUUUAGUUGGAAUUGGAGAGUCAAUUGCAGAUCUUAAGACAUUGUUAUCCAAUUCACGCAUGGUAGGGAUUUACGGCAUGGGUGGGUUGGGUAAGACCACUCUUGCUGAUGUCAUAUUCAAGCAACUUUGUCAUAAAUUUGAUAAUCACUGUUUUCUUCGAAAUUUUAGAGAACAACUAGAAAAGCAUGGAUCUACUGAUGUGGUAAAAGACUUUUUCGAAACACUGUCAGGGGAAAAAAAUAUAGUAUUGGAAUAUUUGGAUUCUGUUAAGAAAAGAUUACGUCAUAAGAAGCUUCUUAUAGUUGUUGAUGAUGUAGUGGAUCCGUUGGAGUGCCAUUCUUUGCUUAAAGAUCUUCAUGCUUGGUUGAAUUCUGAAAGUAAAGUUAUCAUAACAAGUAGAGAUAAACAAGUGCUUCGAAAUAUUAUCGGAGAUGUUGAUGAAAAGAUGUGGUUAUACAGCUUACAGACACUAAAUAGAGAGAAAGCUCUUGAACUCUUCUAUUUGCAUGCCUUCACAGGUAAAGCUGUUGAUCAAAACUACAAAGAACUGUCAGAGAAGUUUGUAGAUUAUGCUCAAGGUCUUCCACUUGCUCUCAAAGUUUUGGGUUCUCAACUGUUUGGCAAAGAUAAGAAUGUUUGGCAAAGGAUGUUGAGUAAGCUAAAAAAAGUAGACCCCGAUCAAAGGAUAGUAAAGGUGCUACGAAUAAGUUUUGAUGGACUAGAAGAAAUAGAGAAGAACAUAUUUCUUGAUAUAGCAUGUUUCUUCAGAGGGAAAUAUGAAAAUGAUGUGAAAGAUGUGUUGGAUGCUUGUUAUGGCAAUUACACUUGA